CUGUAAAAAUGAUGGUUUGAGCGUGAGAUUUUUAAAUGCAGGCGACAUUCUGGUAAAAUCGCUCAGGUUUUCAUGCGAUUUCCGGUCAUUCAACGCCGCUUUAACUUCCUACCCAGUCGCUCAUGGCUGCACAAAGCCUACAUCCCCACCCGCGCUCUAUCAUCGGAAUCCUUGCCGAGCCAGUCUCGUGGAGGCCUUCCUCGCUUCCACUCGCAGACUCUCCCAUCAUGCAAGGGCAAGAUUGUCCGAGUUGAAGGAGACGAGUUCUGGCACAUGACGAAGGUCCUUCGGCUGGGCUUGAACGCCAGGGUGGAGCUCUUCAACGGAACAGGAGGUCUAGUGGAAGCUUGCAUAAAGAGCAUUGAUAAGAAUGCUUUGGAUAUCGUUGCUUUGCAAGAGCCAAAAGUUCUAUGUCCUGAGGGCAUUCAGUGGCAUGUAUUUGCCUCUUUCGGCACCUUAAAAGGGGGUCGUGCAGAUUGGCUUAUCGAGAAAUGCACAGAACUGGGAGCCAGCAGCAUAACUCCUCUGCUAGCAGAAAGAUCUCCUACAAUUACAGAUAACCGUGUGGAUAGGUUGGAACGUGUCAUUUUAGCUGCCAUCAAGCAAUGUAAGCGUCUGCAUAAGAUGACUCUCAAUCCUCCCUUGAAGCUUCAAAAUUUCCUUCCUUGUGUUUCCCAGUCCAAACUCACUUUUCUAGCAGCUGCGGAAUCUACUCCUCUUUUAAGUAUCUUAUCCAUAUCAAGUGCGGCCAACUCUGGCCUUCUUAUAGUUGGACCUGAAGGAGAUUUUACAGAGGAGGAAGUGAAGCUGAUGGUGGAUGCAGGUGCCACACCUGUGGGUCUUGGUCCCUGCCGCCUUCGAGUAGAGACAGCUACCAUUGCAAUGCUGUCCACCGUGAUGCUAUGGUCUGAUGCCCUCAAAUUGGAGACUUGAUGAAACUGUGCUCACACUUCUAAUUGAAGGCUUUACCAAAGUUGAUGUCAUCCUUGAACUAGUUUCCUUCAUCAACAUAAGACUCCUCCGGUCCUCCCUCCUUUCUGGCUCUGCAUUUUUGUCUUCAUCAUUUUUUUGACUUUGGAGUUGCGGCAUCCAGAUAAUUGUUACCCAUUUAUCUAUUAGGAUGCCAAUGUACUGACCGUCGAGCACAGGCAUUGCAGUAAUUUUCUUGCUGCUUCCGUUAUGAGUUUCAAGUUAUGUCUUACCCUAAACUAAAUUCAAAUUUUGUAUGUUCAUCUUCGUCAGUAGUGGAGCCACAGUUUUCGGAGCGGGGGCACAAAAUAUUAUUAUUAUUUUUAUUUCCACAACAUUUUAUGUCAGGUCUUGAUGAUUUAAU